AUGCGAAAAGCAAAGGCUGAAGGACUAAUAACACCGCUUGAAGGUAAAACUCCCGAACAAAAAGAGAAAAUACUUAGAGGACUAGCCAAAACUGGUAUUCCCCUGCCAGAAGGAAAAACGCCGUCUGAAAAGAAACUUAUCGACAAAAUUAGACAGGAAAUGGGAUUACCACCGGAGCCCAAAACAUCAGCAGAGAAAAUGAAUCUAGCGAAAGGAUACGCAGCAGGCGUUAUCACUCCACUCGAAGGGAAAACUCCUGAACAGAAAGAGAAAGCACUUCGCAAAAUGGCUGAAGCGGGAGUGGCUUUACCUGAAGGCCGAACACCGUCAGAAAAAGCUUUGAUUAACAAAAUUAAAGCUGAGAUGCCAACUCCAAUCAAGAUACCUUCAGAAAAGAUGCGAAAAGCCAAAGCUGAAGGCUUGAUAACACCUCUUGAAGGAAAAACGCCAGAACAAAAAGAAAAAAUAUUGAAAGGUUUAGCUAAAGUUGGCAUACCCUUACCAGAAGGAAAAACAGCGUCUGAGAAGAAAUUGAUUGAUCAAGUGAGAAAAGAAAUGGGUUUGCCCCCUGAACCUAAAAGUGCUGAUGAAAAAGACAAACUUGCGAAAGCUUAUGCAGCUGGAAUUAUAACACCACUCGAAGGGAAAACACCUGCCCAAAAAGAAAAAGCGCUCAAAAAAAUGGCUGAAGCAGGUAUACCUUUACCCGAAGGUAGAACACCGUCGGAAAAAGCCUUGAUUGAUAAGAUUAAAGCUACAACGCCUCCAAGACCAUCGGCGAUAAAGGUACCAUCUGAAAAGAUGCGUAAAGCAAAAGCUGAAGGAUUUAUAACACCUCUUGACGGUAAAACACCUGAACAAAAAGAAAAAAUACUCAGGGGGCUCGCUAAGCAUGGUAUUCCUUUACCUGAAGGCAAAACGCCCUCUGAAAAGAAACUUAUAGACAAAAUCAGAAAUGAAAUGGGAUUACCACCUGAGCCCAAAACAUCGGCAGAAAAAGUAAAACUGGCUAAAGGUUAUGCUGCCGGCGUAAUCACACCUUUGGAAGGAAAAACACCCGAACAAAAAGAGAAAGCACUUCGUAAAAUGGCUGAAGCAGGUGUGCCUUUGCCAGAAGGAAGAACACCAUCCGAAAAAGCUUUAAUUAAUAAGAUUAAAGCCGAAGUACCAUCCGCAGUAAAAAUACCAUCUGAAAAAUUGCGAAAGGCUAAAGCUGAAGGAUUCAUUACACCCCUUGAAGGUAAAACACCUGAACAAAAAGAAAAGAUAUUGAAAGGAUUGGCAAAACAUGGCAUACCACUUCCGGAAGGUAAAACACCAUCAGAAAAGAAAUUAAUCGAUAAAAUAAGAAAAGAUAUGGGUCUGCCACCUGAACCAAAAACUGCAGACGAAAAAAAUAAAUUGGCAAAAGCAUACGCAGCUGGCAUUAUUACACCUUUGGAAGGUAAAACUCCUGAACAAAAAGAAAAGGCACUUCGUAAAAUGGCUGAAGCAGGUGUGCCUUUGCCAGAAGGCCGAACACCAUCUGAAAAAGCUUUAAUUAAUAAAGUUAAAGCUGAAGCGCCUGUAAAAAUACCAUCUGAUAAGUUGCGGAAAGCCAAAGCUGAAGGAUUCAUUACACCCCUUGAAGGUAAAACACCGGAACAGAAAGAAAAGAUACUGAAAGGACUAGCCAAACAUGGUAUUCCUCUACCUGAAGGAAAAACGCCCUCUGAAAAGAAACUUGUGGAUAAAAUCAGAAAUGAAAUGGGAUUACCACCUGAACCAAAAACUUCAGCAGAGAAAUUGAGAGUGGCUAAAGCUUAUGCUGAUGGAAUUAUUACACCUUUAGAAGGGAAAACUCCCGAACAGAAGGAGAAAGCACUACGUAAGAUGGCUGAAGCAGGUGUUCCUUUGCCAGAAGGUCGAACACCGUCUGAAAAAGCUUUAAUUAAGAAGGUUAAAAAAGACAAGUUAGCAAAAGCAUAUGCUGCAGGCGUUAUCACACCUCUAGAAGGUAAAACACCUGAACAAAAAGAAAAGGCACUUCGUAAAAUGGCCGAAGCAGGUGUGCCUUUGCCAGAAGGAAGAACACCAUCUGAAAAAGCUUUAAUUAAUAAGGUUAAAGCUGAAGCGCCUGUAAAAAUACCAUCUGAUAAGUUGCGAAAAGCAAAAGCUGAAGGAUUUAUUACACCCCUUGAAGGUAAAACACCCGAACAAAAAGAAAAGAUACUGAAAGGACUAGCUAAACAUGGUAUUCCUCUACCUGAAGGAAAAACGCCCUCUGAAAAGAAACUUGUGGAUAAAAUCAGAAAUGAAAUGGGAUUACCACCUGAACCAAAAACUUCAGCAGAAAAAAUGAGAGUUGCUAAAGCUUAUGCCGAUGGAAUUAUUACACCUUUAGAAGGGAAAACUCCCGAACAGAAAGAAAAAGCACUCCGUAAGAUGGCAGAAGCAGGUGUUCCUUUGCCCGUAGGUCGAACGCCGUCUGAAAAAGCUUUAAUUAAUAAGGUUAAAGCUGAAACUCCGAUGCGACCGUCAGCGGUAAAGAUACCAUCCGAAAAGAUGAGAAAGGCCAAGGCGGAAGGACUUAUAACACCCCUUGAAGGUAAAACGCCUGAACAAAAAGAAAAGAUAUUAAAAGGACUAGCAAAACAUGGCAUACCUCUGCCGGAAGGAAAAACCGCUUCUGAGAAGAAAUUAAUCGAUAAAAUAAGAAAAGAUAUGGGUCUGCCACCCGAACCCAAAACUGCAGAAGAAAAAGACAAGUUAGCAAAAGCAUAUGCUGCAGGCGUUAUCACACCUCUAGAAGGUAAAACACCUGAACAAAAAGAAAAGGCACUUCGUAAAAUGGCUGAAGCAGGUGUGCCUUUGCCAGAAGGCCGAACACCAUCUGAAAAAGCUUUAAUUAAUAAAGUUAAAGCUGAAGCGCCUAUAAAAAUACCAUCUGAUAAGUUGCGGAAAGCCAAAGCUGAAGGAUUCAUUACACCCCUUGAAGGUAAAACACCGGAACAGAAAGAAAAGAUACUGAAAGGACUAGCCAAACAUGGUAUUCCUCUACCUGAAGGAAAAACGCCCUCUGAAAAGAAACUUGUGGAUAAAAUCAGAAAUGAAAUGGGGUUACCACCUGAACCAAAAACUUCAGCAGAAAAAAUGAGAGUUGCUAAAGCUUAUGCCGAUGGAAUUAUUACACCUUUAGAAGGGAAAACUCCGGAACAGAAGGAGAAAGCACUCCGUAAGAUGGCAGAAGCAGGAGUUCCUUUGCCCGAAGGACGAACACCGUCUGAAAAAGCUUUAAUUAAUAAAGUGAAAGCUGAAACUCCGAUGCGACCCUCAGCAAUAAAGGUACCAUCCGAGAAGAUGCGAAAAGCGAAGGCUGAAGGACUUAUAACACCCCUUGAAGGUAAAACUCCAGAACAAAAAGAAAAGAUAUUAAAAGGACUAGCAAAACAUGGCAUACCUCUGCCGGAAGGAAAAACUGCCUCCGAGAAGAAAGUAAUCGAUAAAAUAAGAAAAGAUAUGGGUCUGCCACCCGAACCCAAAACUGCAGAAGAAAAGGACAAGUUAGCAAAAGCAUAUGCUGCAGGCGUUAUCACACCUCUAGAAGGUAAAACACCUGAACAAAAAGAAAAGGCACUUCGUAAAAUGGCUGAAGCAGGUGUGCCUUUGCCAGAAGGAAGAACACCAUCUGAAAAAGCUUUAAUUAAUAAGAUUAAAGCUGAAGCGCCUGUAAAAAUACCAUCUGAUAAGUUACGAAAAGCAAAAGCUGAAGGAUUUAUUACACCCCUUGAAGGUAAAACACCCGAACAAAAAGAAAAGAUACUGAAAGGACUAGCGAAACAUGGUAUUCCUCUACCUGAAGGAAAAACGCCCUCUGAAAAGAAACUUGUGGAUAAAAUCAGAAAUGAAAUGGGAUUACCACCUGAACCAAAAACUUCAGCAGAGAAAUUGAGAAUGCGAAAAGCGAAGGCGGAAGGCCUUAUAACACCCCUUGAAGGUAAAACUCCUGAACAAAAAGAAAAGAUAUUAAAAGGAUUAGCAAAACAUGGCAUACCACUUCCUGAAGGUAAAACAGCUUCUGAAAAGAAAUUGAUCGAUAAAAUAAGAAAAGAUAUGGGUCUUCCACCCGAACCCAAAACAGCAGAAGAAAAAGACAAGUUAGCAAAAGCAUACGCUGCAGGCGUUAUCACACCUUUAGAAGGAAAAACUCCUGAACAGAAAGAGAAAGCACUUCGCAAAAUGGCUGAAGCCGGUGUGCCUUUACCAGAAGGACGAACACCAUCUGAAAAAGCCUUAAUCAAUAAAGUUAAAGCUGAAACGCCUGCAAAAAUACCAUCUGACAAGUUGCGAAAAGCAAAAGCUGAAGGAUUUAUAACACCACUUGAAGGUAAAACUCCUGAACAAAAAGAAAAGAUUUUAAAAGGACUAGCUAAGAAUGGCAUUCCUUUGCCUGAAGGGAAAACACCCUCUGAAAAGAAACUUAUAGACAAAAUUAGAAAAGAUAUGGGAUUACCGCCCGAACCUAAAACAUCAGCCGAAAAAGUAAAAUUAGCUAAUGCUUAUGCUGCAGGAGUUAUCACGCCUCUAGAAGGGAAAACUCCUGAACAGAAAGAGAAAGCACUUCGCAAAAUGGCUGAAGCAGGUGUACCCUUGCCAGAAGGACGAACACCAUCUGAAAAAGCCUUAAUCAAUAAGAUAAAAGCUGAAGCACCUAUAAAAAUACCAUCUGAUAAGUUGCGGAAAGCAAAAGCCGAAGGAUUCAUUACACCACUUGAAGGCAAAACACCUGAACAAAAAGAAAAGAUACUGAAAGGACUAGCCAAACAUGGUAUCCCUCUACCGGAAGGAAAAACACCCUCCGAAAAGAAACUUAUAGACAAAAUUAGAAAAGAUAUGGGGUUACCACCCGAACCAAAGACAUCAGCAGAAAAAACGCAGUUGGCUAAAGCGUACGCUGCGGGUGUCAUUACACCAUUAGAGGGGAAAACACCAGAACAGAAAGAGAAAGCACUUCGCAAAAUGGCUGAAGCGGGAGUGCCAUUGCCUGAAGGCCGAACACCAUCUGAAAAAGCCUUAAUCAAUAAAGUAAAAGCGUCAACUCCACCGCGGCCGUCAGCGAUUAAGGUACCAUCUGAGAAGAUGCGAAAAGCGAAGGCUGAAGGAUUUAUAACACCACUUGAAGGUAAAACUCCUGAACAAAAAGAAAAGAUCCUAAAAGGACUAGCUAAGAAUGGCAUUCCUUUACCUGAAGGUAAAACACCAUCAGAAAAGAAACUUAUAGACAAAAUUAGAAAAGAUAUGGGGUUACCGCCUGAGCCCAAGACAUCAGCAGAAAAAAUGCAGGUAGCUAAAGCGUACGCUGCGGGCGUCAUUACACCAUUAGAGGGGAAAACACCAGAACAGAAAGAGAAAGCACUUCGCAAAAUGGCUGAAGCGGGAGUGCCAUUGCCUGAAGGCCGAACACCAUCUGAAAAAGCCUUAAUCAAUAAAGUAAAAGCGUCAACUCCACCGCGGCCGUCAGCGAUUAAGGUACCAUCUGAGAAGAUGCGAAAAGCGAAGGCUGAAGGAUUUAUAACACCUCUUGAAGGUAAAACUCCUGAACAAAAAGAAAAGAUCCUUAAAGGACUAGCUAAGAAUGGCAUUCCUUUACCUGAAGGUAAAACACCCUCAGAAAAGAAACUUAUAGACAAAAUUAGAAAAGAUAUGGGGUUACCGCCUGAGCCCAAGACAUCAGCAGAAAAAAUGCAGGUAGCUAAAGCGUACGCUGCGGGCGUCAUUACACCAUUAGAGGGGAAAACACCAGAACAGAAAGAGAAAGCACUUCGCAAAAUGGCUGAAGCGGGAGUGCCAUUGCCUGAAGGCCGAACACCAUCUGAAAAAGCCUUAAUCAAUAAAGUAAAAGCGUCAACUCCACCGCGGCCGUCAGCGAUUAAGGUACCAUCUGAGAAGAUGCGAAAAGCGAAGGCUGAAGGAUUUAUAACACCGCUUGAAGGUAAAACUCCUGAACAAAAAGAAAAGAUCCUAAAAGGACUAGCUAAAAAUGGCAUUCCUUUACCUGAAGGUAAAACUCCCUCAGAAAAGAAACUUAUAGACAAAAUUAGAAAAGAUAUGGGGUUACCGCCUGAGCCCAAGACAUCAGCAGAAAAAAUGCAGGUAGCUAAAGCGUACGCUGCGGGCGUCAUUACACCAUUAGAGGGGAAAACACCAGAACAGAAAGAGAAAGCACUUCGCAAAAUGGCUGAAGCGGGAGUGCCAUUGCCUGAAGGCCGAACACCAUCUGAAAAAGCCUUAAUCAAUAAAGUAAAAGCGUCAACUCCACCGCGGCCGUCAGCGAUUAAGGUACCAUCUGAGAAGAUGCGAAAAGCGAAGGCUGAAGGAUUUAUAACACCUCUUGAAGGUAAAACUCCUGAACAAAAAGAAAAGAUCCUUAAAGGAUUAGCUAAGAAUGGCAUUCCUUUACCUGAAGGUAAAACACCCUCAGAAAAGAAACUUAUAGACAAAAUUAGAAAAGAUAUGGGGUUACCGCCUGAGCCCAAGACAUCAGCAGAAAAAAUGCAGGUAGCUAAAGCGUACGCUGCGGGCGUCAUUACACCAUUAGAAGGGAAAACACCAGAACAGAAAGAGAAAGCACUUCGCAAAAUGGCUGAAGCGGGAGUGCCUUUACCAGAAGGCCGAACGCCGUCCGAAAAAGCUUUGAUAGACAAAGUUAAAGCUGAGAUGCCAGCUCCAAUCAAAAUACCUUCUGAAAAGAUGAGAAAAGCCAAAGCUGAAGGUUUGAUAACACCUCUUGAAGGAAAAACUCCGGAGCAAAAAGAAAAAAUACUGAGAGGGUUAGCCAAAGUUGGAAUACCCUUACCGGAAGGAAAGACGCCUUCAGAGAAGAAAUUGAUUGAUCAAAUUAGAAAGGAAAUGGGUUUACCACCUGAGCCUAAAACGUCAGCCGAAAAAACGCAAAUGGCUAAAGCAUACGCUGCGGGUGUCAUUACACCAUUAGAGGGGAAAACACCAGAACAGAAAGAAAAAGCACUUCGCAAAAUGGCUGAAGCAGGUGUGCCCUUACCUGAAGGCCGAACGCCGUCAGAAAAAGCAUUAAUAGAAAAAGUUAAAGCUACAGCAACACCUUUGGCUGGAAUACCUUCAGAAAAAUUACGUAAAGCUAAAGCGGCCGGGCUACUUACCCCGCUCGAAGGUAAAACUCCUGAACAAAAAGAAAAAAUUCUGAAAGGCCUUGCUAAAGCUGGUAUACCCUUACCCGAAGGAAAAACAGCUUCGGAGAAGAAAUUAAUUGAUAAGGUGAAGCAAGAAAUGGGAUUGCCGCCAGAACCUAAAUCUGAAGAUGAAAAAGAUAGAUUAGCGAAAGCUUAUGCAGCCGGAAUUAUAACACCACUCGAAGGAAAAACACCUGCACAAAAAGAAAAAGCACUCAAAAAAAUGGCUGAAGCAGGUAUACCCUUGCCGGAAGGUAGAACACCUUCUGAAAAAGCUUUGAUUGAUAAAAUUAAAGCUACUACGCCUCCAAGACCAUCGGCAAUCAAGGUACCAUCUGACAAGAUGCGAAAGGCCAAAGCUGAAGGGCUAAUUACACCUCUUGAAGGUAAAACACCUGAACAAAAAGAAAAAAUUCUUAAAGGUCUUGCUAAAGCUGGCAUACCCUUACCUGAAGGAAAAACAGCUUCAGAAAAAAAAUUAAUUGAUAAAGUAAGAAAUGAAAUGGGAUUGCCUCCUGAGCCAAAGACGUCAGCUGAAAAAGUAAAAAUGGCCCAAGCAUAUGCAGCAGGUGUUAUUUCGCCUUUAGAGGGAAAAACACCAGAACAAAAAGAGAAAGCACUUCGUAAAAUGGCAGAAGCGGGAGUGCCUUUGCCCGAAGGCCGGACACCGUCAGAAAAAGCUUUGAUAGAAAAAGUUAAAGGUGCAACGCCUCUGGCUGGAAUACCGUCAGAGAAAUUACGUAAAGCCAAAGCGGCUGGGCUUCUUACUCCGCUAGAAGGUAAAACGCCAGAACAGAAAGAAAAAAUACUGAAAGGGCUUGCUAAAGCUGGUAUACCCUUACCUGAGGGAAAAACAGCGUCGGAGAAGAAAUUGAUUGAUAAAGUGAAACAAGAAAUGGGAUUGCCACCUGAACCUAAAUCUGAAGAUGAAAAAGAUAGAAUAGCGAAAGCUUAUGCAGCCGGAAUUAUAACACCACUUGAAGGAAAAACACCUGCGCAAAAAGAAAAAGCACUCAAAAAAAUGGCUGAAGCAGGUAUACCCUUGCCAGAAGGUAGAACACCUUCUGAAAAAGCUUUGAUUGAUAAAAUUAAAGCUACAACGCCACCAAGGCCAUCGGCGAUCAAGAUUAAAGCUGAAGCACCAGUGGCAAUCAAAAUACCUUCAGAAAAACUACGUAAAGCUAAAGCAGCUGGACUUCUUACUCCACUUGAAGGUAAAACGCCUGAACAGAAAGAAAAGAUUCUAAGAGGAUUAGCUGAGCAUGGUAUUCCUUUGCCUGAAGGCAAAACUGAUUCUGAAAAAAAACUGAUUAAUAAAGUGCGACAAGACCUUGGAUUACCUCCGGAACCAAAAACUGCAGCAGAGAAAGAAAAAUACAACAAAGCAAUCGCUGCUGGUCUUCUUACUCCACUUGAGGGCAAAACUCCAGAACAAAAAGAAAAGAUAUUAAAAGGGCUAGCUGACUUAGGAGUGCCACUUCCAGAAGGAAAAACGCCAUCAGAAAAAGAUAUGAUUAGAAAAGCAAGGGUAGCCGCUGGAUUACCACCAGAACCCACAGUGUCAGAAAGAAAACGCAUGAAAGCAAAAGGCUUUAGAUCUAGAGGCGUGAGUGCAGAUUUGGCUAAAGGCGGAGAAGGUGUUACUGUUGAAGAAUUUGAAGAUAUUGUAAAAACUACUAAAUGUGACAGAGCUUGUGGCUGUGAUAAGAAAAAAAUUCGCUUCAAACAUAGCUACGUCAAAAUACGGGUUACCUCUCCAGAUAUUGCUUCAUUGUGCUCCUGUCCCGAUGAAUGCGUACCUGGCGUUAAAGGCGGAGUAUUUGUUGAUAAUGAAGGAAUUAAGGUCACAGUUGGAAGAGCUACCGGUGUUCCUUCCUAUGUUCAGUCUUCAAGAACUAGCAAAAAAAUGUGCUAA